AUACAGCCCCAUUCUCUCUCACAUGCUGCACAGAUUCUCCUCCAAACAAACACACCCCAACACAAUUUUAAAAAUCAAUAUUUAUUUAUUUAGUCGGCGCCCCCCUUCCCCAAAAAAACCCCACUUCAGAAACCCCGGCCCGUCGCCGGCGGCGGAAAAUCAGCCGACAAAAUGACCUCCAGACCGAUUUCCGGCGCGAGCCACAGCCACAGCCACUAUCCUCCUCCGUCGUCCUCCGCCGGCGCAUCCUUCCGCGGCUGCUGCUGCUGCCUCUUCCUCCUCUUCUCCUUCCUCGCGCUCCUCGUCCUCGCCGUCGUCCUUGUCGUGGUCCUUGCUGUGAAGCCGAAGAAACCGGAGUUCGAGCUCCAGCAGGUCGCCGUCCAGUACGUCGGCAUAAAUCCGACCACCGCCUCCUCGGCGACGGUGUCGCUCGCCGUCCGGAUGCUCUUCGCCGCGAGGAACGACAACAAGGUCGGAAUCAAGUACAGGGAAUCGAGGUUCAGCAUCAUGUACCGCGGCAUCCCCCUCGGCCGGGGAGCCGUGCCGGGGUUCUACCAGCCGGCGCACAGCGUCCGUCGGAUCGAAACCAUCAUAGCCGUCGAUCGCGUCAGCCUGCUGCAGGCGGACGCCGCCGAUUUGCUCAGGGACGCCUCCUUGAACGACCGGGUCGAGUUGCGGGUCGUCGGCGAUGUCGGAGCCAAGAUCCGAAUCCUCGGGUUCACUUCACCCGGCGUGCAGGUAUCAGUGGAUUGCACUAUAGGGAUCAGUCCCAGAAAGCAAAGCCUAAUUUACAAACAGUGCGGAUUCGAUGGCCUUGCUGUCUGAACUCUCUCUCUCUCUCUCUCUACUCUCCUCAUCAUCAUCAGUCAUCUAACACACUUUUGCUCUAUCUAUAUAUCUUUACACAAAUAUUAUUAUUAUUAUAUAAAUAUUGCAAAAGUAAAUUACCAACGUGGGUUGGAAAGGAAAACUAAAGCAAAGGCAGUUAGACAGACAAAACUCAGUGAGUUUUCCAUCUCAAUCUCAAUCUCAAUCUCAAUCUCUGCAAGGGAAGGUGAGAUCAUUACUUACAUUACAUUUCAUUACAUGCAUAUUGAUAUUGAUUAUUUUCUUUGUAACAUUAUUCUUUACAUUGCCUAGCUGGCUGCAUUUUUGCACUCUUCUCUGCCCCUAACCA